CUGCCAAGCUCAGCAGUUUCAUGGGUACCAUAGCACAGAAUGGCUACAUUGCACCCCUUACUUAUGUCAGCUGGAGGGCUGUACCGGAUGCAGCCAAAGAGGAUAUGUGGCAGAUCUUCCAGGCCCGAAGUCUCUUGCAACAAAAUGGAGGAGCUUUAAGUCCAUAGUAAAGGCUAAACAUGAGCAACUGAGGGUCCUUCUGCAUCAAUGGCCAAUCCUCAUAUCCCACUGGAACUCUGAAAGGGAAAAGGUGCGAACUGCUAUAAAUAAGGCUUGCCGCGCAAAGAUGGAGGAUGUGCAUACUUUAGGGAGUAAGAGCUAUGUCAGGUUACGUGAGGAGGAGAGGGAGAAGAGGCCAAAUGGGGAGGAGCCAACUAGGGAUGAGGUUUAUAUAUUAACCCACACACAUAAAGAUGGGAAACCUGUUAAUGAGGAAGCAGCAGCCAAAAUUGACCAUGAGGGUUUGAGGGCAAAAUCUUUCAGUUCCUUAGAAUUGCAUGUACAUGUCUUAACUCCUCUGCUGGUCAAAGGCCAACAAUGCUUGAAUUACACUGAGACAUUGAGGAAAUCUGAAAUUGCUACGCCAAUUACCUUGCAUCAAAUUGUUGAGGUAGAAAUUAUUGAAUUGAGAAAAUUAUGUAAGAUAUUUGCUGCUAUCUCUGGACGUUGUUAAAGUACGCUUACUUGCUGGAAUAUUUUUUUGUUAUAAAAAGGGAAAUAACAAAGUUGUAUUGAAUCUAUAUAUAAUGGUAAAUAAAGUCAUAUAUAUAUGCAU